AUGGCAUAUAAUUGGCAAACAGAUCCAAAGCCUAAUGAAUCAGAUGAAGAGCAGUCUGAACAGCAAGAAUUUCACCUUGUAACCCAACCCAUGCCUUCUAGACAGGUCCCUCUGGGUUUUGAUCACCUAGUAGAUGAGAUCAGUAAUAAAAUUCCAUUCUAUCAGAAUGAAAUUGAAGAAAACACCUUUUUUGUGUCCAAUGCACCAGACCAGGAAACAAAAAGGCAUUCAUUGGAUAGAACACACCAAAUAUGCUUGAAUGAAUUCACUUCUGAAAUCCCUGAAUUCUCCUGGCAUCAAGUUGGAAAAACAUCAGCUAUUGGUUUUAGUGCUUCUGUGCUACCAAAACCUCAAAUCAUGAAUAAAGACAGCUCCUGGGAAAACUCCAUAGGAAAAUACCAUGUUAUUGAGGAUUCCAAAUGCAAUAUUUUAACUCCAUCAUCCACUAGUUUGGAUAAAAUUAAUCCACAAAGAGUACUGGAAAAUGAAAAUCCUAACUACCAUAUAGGAUUUGAAGGUAACCUUCCCCCUGUACAUCCAUCCUUCUCAACUGACAUCAUGCAAAAAGACGACAACAAAAGAAGUGGAAGCAUGGACACUGUAGAACCUUCUCCAAUAUUCAUUAAAGGCUCUUUUCUACCCAAGACGAGGGAAAACACAGGGCCCGAAAACAUUGAGUCUACAGAUUGUUCCAUUCAAAUCAUCGAAGUAACUCAAGGCACUAACACGACCCUGACCUCCUUUUGUGACAAAGUUAAAAAACUGAGAGAGGCAUAUCAUGCAGCUGACAUGAAUUCCAACUCUGGAAGGAUCUGGAGCGUCACUACAUCAUUCCCAUUUCAGCUAUUUUCUAACACCAAGUUCAAUAUAAAUAUUUUGGCUGAAAAUUCAGCACAACUACUUCAUCUUAUGCCAUAUGCUAAUUAUCUUGUCAAAGACCUAAUUGAAGAAAUUCUCCAUUUAUGUGCAAAUGACCAGCUCUCCCCCAAAGACCAUCUUCUAAGCAUAUGUGGCUCUGAAGAAUUUUUACAGCUUGAUCACUGUUUGGGGAGCCACAAAAUGUUUCAGAAAGAUAAAUCAGUUAUUCAGCUUCAGCUACAGAAAAAUAGGGAAGCUCCAGGAAAGUUAUCACGAAAGAAUGAAGACGACCACUGUCAGUUUCACCCAAACCAACUUCUAGAGUUUACACACAUUUGGAAAGUAUCCAGACAAUGCCUCUCAACAGUAAUCAAAAAGUAUGAUUUCCACCUGAAAUACCUAUUGAAAAACCAGAAAGAUCUAGAGUCUUGUCAUCUACAGCAAUAUACAGAUGAUGUUAUUGAAGAAAUUAAAAAUAUAUGCAGUGUUCUUGGGUGCGUGGAAACCAAACAAAUUACAGAUGCAGUGAACAAACUAAAUCUAAUUCUUCAAGGAAAAACAAAGAGUUUUCAUCAUGAUUCACAGACUUCAGUAAAAGGCUUUAUAGAGAAAGUGACAACUGAACUAUCCACAUCCAUCUACCAGCUUAUUGAUGUCUAUUGUCACAGCUUUUAUGCUGAUUUUCAGCCUGUAAAUGCACCUGGAAGCAUUUCCAGUGUAAAUCCUGGACUCCAUUCCCAUCUCAGCUUCACAGUCUAUGCGGUACACAACAUUCCAGAGGCAUGGAUGGGCAGCUAUAAAGUAUUUUCUUUCUCCUGCUGGCUUACAUAUGCUGGGAAGAAGCUGUGCCAAGUGAGAAACUACAGAAAUAUUCCAGUCAAAAAAUUAUUUUUUUUCUUAGUCAACUGGAAUGAAACGAUCAAUUUUCCUCUUGAAAUAAAAUCACUUCCAAGGGAAUCCAUGCUCACUAUAAAACUGUUUGGAACUGACUGUGCAACCAACAAUGCAGAUUUACUGGCCUGGACCUGUCUUCCAUUGUUUCCAAAAAAAAAAUCCAUUUUCGGGUCUCUGCUUUUCAGCAUGACAUUACAGAAUGAGCCUCCCAUAGAACUGAUAGCUCCAGGAGUGUGGGAUGGAAGUCAGCCAUCCCCAGUGACCCUGCAGAUUGAUUUUCCAGCUAUUGGAUGGGAGUACAUGAGACCUGAUCCUGAAGAGAACAGAACAUGUCUUGAAGAACCAACAAAAGAGUGUUUGAAACAUAUUGCCAGACUUUCACAGAAACAGUCUCCCUUACUACUCUCUGAAGAAAAGAAAAGAUACCUAUGGUUUUAUCGCUUCUACUGCAAUAAUGAAAACUGCUCCCUUCCUUUGGUCCUGGGUAGUUCCCCUGGAUGGGAUGAAAGGACUGUUUCAGAAAUGCAUAUCAUCUUGAGAAGAUGGACAUUUUCUCGUCCUUUGGAAGCACUUGGACUUUUGACUUCCAGUUUUCCAGAUCAAGAAAUUCGUAAAGUGGCAGUUCAACAAUUAAACACCCUCUUGAAUGAUGAGCUACUGGAAUAUCUCCCACAGCUGGUUCAGGCUGUCAAGUUUGAAUGGAACCUUGAAAGUCCUUUGGUGGAACUCCUACUGCACCGCUCCUUGCAAAGCAUCCAGGUGGCUCAUCGUCUUUACUGGCUGCUAAAAGAUGCACAGAAUGAAGUUUAUUUUAAAAGCUGGUAUCAGAAGCUGUUGGCUGCUCUCCAAUUCUGUGCAGGAAACGCCUUGAAUGAUGAGUUUUCUAAGGAGAGGAAACUCAUCAAAAUUCUGGGAGAUAUUGGAGAAAAAGUCAAGUCUGCCAGUGACCCUCGAAGACAGGAGGUACUAAGGAAAGAGAUUGGCAGACUAGAACAAUUCUUUCAAGACAUCAAUAGCUGUCAUCUUCCUCUGAACCCUGCACUAUGUAUAAAAGGGAUUAAUCGUGAUGCAUGUUCAUAUUUCACAUCUAAUGCUCUGCCAUUGAAGAUUACUUUCAUCAAUGCUAAUCCAAUGGGCAAUAACAUCAGCAUUAUUUUCAAGGCUGGAGAUGAUCUUCGCCAGGAUAUGCUUGUUCUGCAGAUUAUUCAAGUGAUGGACAACAUUUGGCUGCAGGAGGGCCUAGAUAUGCAAAUGAUCAUUUAUAGAUGUCUAUCCACAGGAAAAAACCAAGGACUGAUACAGAUGGUGCCUGAUGCUAUCACCCUGGCAAAGAUCCAUCGCCAUUCUGGGCUAAUAGGACCCCUGAAAGAAAACACCAUCAAAAAGUGGUUCAGCCAGCACAACCACUUAAAAGCCGAUUAUGACAAGGCCUUGAGGAACUUUUUCUAUUCCUGCGCUGGCUGGUGUGUGGUAACGUUCAUCCUGGGAGUCUGUGACCGUCACAAUGAUAAUAUCAUGCUGAUAAAGUCAGGCCACAUGUUUCAUAUUGACUUUGGAAAAUUUUUAGGUCAUGCACAAACAUUUGGAGGGAUAAAAAGGGACCGAGCCCCUUUUAUUUUUACAUCAGAGAUGGAGUACUUUAUUACAGAGGGUGGAAAAAACCCACAACAUUUCCAAGAUUUUGUGGAGCUUUGCUGUAGAGCAUAUAAUAUUGUCAGAAAACACAGCCAACUGCUCUUGAACCUGCUAGAAAUGAUGCUACAUGCAGGUCUGCCUGAGCUAAGUGGAAUCCAAGACCUGAAAUAUGUGUAUGAUAAUCUUCGUCCACAAGACACAGACCUGGAAGCAACAAGCCAUUUUACCAAGAAAAUAAAGGAAAGUCUGGAGUGUUUCCCUGUUAAACUGAAUAACUUGAUCCACACACUUGCACAAAUGUCAGCCAUCAGCCCUGCCAAAUCUACUCCACAGACUUUGCCCCAGGAAUCUUUUUUGCUGAGUACAACCAGAUCGAUUCAAAGAGCAACAAUUUUAGGGUUCAGCAAGAAACCCAAUAAUCUGUAUCUGAUCCAGGUGACCCACAGUAACAACGAAACAAGCCUGACAGAAAAAUCAUUUGACCAGUUUUCAACACUCAACAGCCUACUCCAGAAGCAAUUUGCAUCAUUGACUCUCCCAGAGUUUCCUCAUUGGUGGCACUUACCUUUUACAAAUUCAGAUCACAAAAGAUUCAGAGAUCUAAAUCAUUAUAUGGAACAGAUACUAAAUGGACCACAUGAAGUUGCAAAUAGUGAUUGUGUACUCAGUUUUUUCCUCUCUGAACCUGUGCAACAUGCAGUUGAGGAACCUUCACUUUUGGACCUAGGUGAGAAGUUUCCAGACAAGAAUCCUAAGGUACAGUUAGUGAUAUCGUAUGAGGAUAUGAAGCUGACCAUACUUGUGAAACACAUGAAAAACAUUCAUCUCCCAGAUGGCUCUGCGCCCAGUGCACAUGUUGAAUUUUAUCUUUUACCAUAUCCCAGUGAAGUUCGUAGGAGGAAAACAAAAUCUGUUUCGAAAUGUACUGACCCCACUUACAAUGAAAUUGUGGUAUAUGAUGAAGUCACAGAGCUCCAAGGACAUGUCUUAAUGCUUAUUGUGAAGAGCAAAACUGUAUUUGUAGGAGCAAUUAACAUCCAACUCUGCAGUGUCCCACUCAAUGAAGAAAAAUGGUAUCCCCUAGGAAACAGUAUAAUCUGA